GCAAUAAAAAUAUAUAUAACGGGAAUUUGCUCUUUAUUCUUUUGGUGUUUCAUUUACUUCAUCAACGUUUUCGAUCUUUGAUUUUUUUCAUGAACACUGAUAAAUAAAUAAAUAAAACCGUUUUAAAUCUCUUCUCACCGUAGUAUCCAGUGUAUCGGUGUGCCAUUGUCACUGUGGGACAUCCAUGUAUAGUCCAGCGGCGCGUAUAAAACGCAAAUAAACCCACAUUCUGUUUUCAGUUGCUAAAGUUAUCCGACCGUGGGUGCUGUGCUUGCUUAUCACGUAUUUUGACUCUAUUGUUUUAAGACAAUAAAAUUAUAAGCGAAAUGCUGCCGUAUAGAAGAUUCUGCGGGAUGAAACUGAACGUAGGAUUCUUGGCCGUAUUUCUGUAUUUAAUAGACAAAUCUAUACAGCAAGCCAUUGAUGAUUACGUGCCGGGCGAAGACUACCCGGCUUUCACGGAAGUCCCAAAGGGUCUGUCUUUCACCUGCAAUGACAAGAUACCGGGAUAUUACGCAGAUCCUGAAACCAAUUGCCAAGUGUGGCAUUGGUGCGUGCCAGGCAUCGGUGGCAACCAGCAGUAUUCCUUCUUGUGCGGUAUCGGGACUGUCUUCAACCAGAGAACGAGGGUCUGCGACUAUUUCUUUAAGGUCGACUGUCCGAACUCUCCAGCCUACUACGGAGUCAACGAAGAUCUUUACAAAGAUGAAGCAGGAAACUACAUCAGCGGCAAAUAACACGACUGACUGACUAUCUGUUAUUAAUUUAUAGUUUCAACUUAAAAGUUAAAGCUAUACGCGAAUACAAAAAAAAAAAGAACAAAAAAUUGCUAAGCGUUAAUUAAAAAAAAAAAAAACAUGUGUGCAAUUAACACGUGUUAGAAGUGAAACCUUCAAAACACGUGUUAGAAGUGAAACCUUCAAAAAUUAAAAUACAAUUAUCCUAACUGUCGAAGUAUAUAUUAUUAGUAAAGUUUUGUCAUUAGUAAAUAAUUGUAAAUCACCUUUUAUAGUAUGAGGUGGCGCCCUCUGUGAAUUGAUAUUUUAACUUCACGUAUAUUCUAAAUUAAAAUUCACUACAAGAGGUUUCAUACACACGUCAGUAUUAAAAUAUCUCACAGAUGGCGCUGUAUUAAAAAUAAAAUACUUUAUACGUAUGUUUUAAUGUAUGUAGGAACUAAGCAUUCUGUCUCACUUUUUCUCUCGAUCUUUCUCACUUGCUUGGUCCCUACUCUCAUGGCUAGUUGCUUCGUGCUACGUUCGCCCUGUCUUACUCUCUCUCAAUCGGUCUCGAUCGCUCUCUCUCUCUUUUUCGACACUUCCGUUGCAUACCUGCGUGACGUUACAUCUGUAAAAAUUUUACCCUCAUGCGCCUAAAGAAGUUUCACUUCAAAAGCUGCUAAAGCUGUUAAUUUAAUUUAAUUAAAAUCAUUACUCGGUCAGUGUUUUUGUGAAAUGCUAAUAAUGUUUUGACUCAAAUAAAUAUUACCUACUGUAGUAUUGUUACAAUUUUAUUGGCACGUCCUGUCUCUAUAUAUCUAUGUAACGAUGUCUUUUAGUGUCAUUUUUAUCGACUUCAAGGCUUCAUUGGUGUUAUUAGGAUCGUCAGGAUAAAGAGAAAUAUAUCCUUGGUACGCUAAAGCGUUAUUUUUAAUAUUUUAUCUAGAGUAACUUAUUGAGUCAAAUUGCAACGCGUGACGUCAUAUGAGGCUAAUCGUUGUUCUAGUGUUAUACGUUAUACGUUUGGUUCCUCGAUUUUGGCCUCUAAUGACGUCACCUAAAAUGAGGUUGCCUUCAGCUGUAUUUUUUAAAGUCAAUUCAAGCCUUUACCAUCGGUCGACCAGAUCGCAAUGUAACAGACCCGUCAAUGUUUGUACUAAUGUAAGAUUCAAUACUAGUAAGUAGAAAUUUUAGUCUACUUGUAAUGUUACCAUUGUAUUAAUGUAUACUGUAGCUUUAGUGUUUGACAUUUAUAUUUUUAAUGAUAAUUACGUGUUUAUUUUAGUGUAUUUUGUGUUGUAUCAUAUUUAAGCUAUAGCUAUGAUCAGUUCGAAUUGCAAUGUCAAAUGGUAUCGUAAUUGGUUAAGCUUAAUAUUGCUAAAGAUGAAAUAAAAAUCGCGUCCGAACUUAAGACUUCAGAAGGCGUAACGCAAAAUUCGUUUUCUUGGCUGAAUAUGUUAAGACGGAGGAACUUUUUUUGCGGCAAGUUUAUUUGAUUGUACACCCAGCCAGCAAUGUAGCCUGUUUGUGCAUGAUCCCCCCCCCCCCGCGACACAAGAGUUCGCUGACCCCAGUGUUUUCGGUGUUUUUUUGUUUUUUGAAUUUGCUUUACAUUACGGAGUCGUCAUGAGUCGAACUAAUUAAACCCGUUUCAUUGUUACGUUUGAUAUUAAAAACUAUUAAAAUAAAUAAUAGUUUAAAAAAAUACGCUUUUAUAGAAAAUUUAACUUCUUCUUCUUCUUGUUUGUCGUUUCCUCAUUACUGAGGGUCGUGACCACCUUGGUCCAGUUUUUGCACCAGCUUCCUCCAAUGUUGCCUGCAUUCGGCCUGCUUAAUGGCGCCCGGGACGCUGGUUUAUUAUUGAAAUCAAAUUUAACUAAGAAAUCAAUUCAAUUUUUUUCAAAUUUUACUAAAAAAUUCAAAUUUAACUAAAAAAUAGAAAAUAAAUUUUAAUGAAUUUGAAUUAAAAAUAGUGUAAGAAAAUAUGAUUUUAGUGUAAAAAACUAAUAAGCAAUAUUAUUAUAUAAAAAAAAUUGUGUUGCUACUCCAGCCUGAGCUCGCUGAAAAAUAAAACGACGUCAAAGCUAAUCGAAACAUUUUUAAUUUUGUGUUUUUUUUAUUGCCGUAUAGGCAGACAGGCCCACCUGACGGUGAGUGGUACCGUCGCCCAUGGACGUCAGCAAUGCCGGGGGCAGAGCCAAGCCGCUGCCUACCGCUUAAUACUCUCCACAAGCCUCGUUUUGAAGAAGGACAUGUCAUAGCGCUCGGGAAAUACCGUGGAGGGGAGCUCAUUCCAUAGCCGGAUGGUACGUGGCAAAAAAGACCUCUGUAAACGCACUGUGGAUGACCGCAGUGGCUCCAGGUAGUAUGGAUGAACUCUACUCCGGUGGCGGGCGGUGCGAUGGUAAAAACGAGAUGCUACCUACGCUGCCUACCGCUUAAUACUCUCCACAAGCCUCGUUUGAAGAAGGACAUGUCAGUCCUCAUUGUUUCGAUAAAUAUUAAAACUUUUACAAGACAACUUUAAAGUAAUCAAUUAAUAUUCAAUUAACGUAUAAAGUUCGUCGGGAGCGCGACCAACGUUCGCCUUGGACCUUAGUACGCCGUUCACGAAAAAUAAAAAUGCUGUGUCGACGAAUAUUAAUUAUUAUAGUUGUGAAACUUGAUAUUGUGAGCAAUAGCAUUAGCAAACUUUUACUGGCUAGCUUUUACUGGUGGUAGGACCUCUUGUGAGUCCGCGCGUACCACCGCCCUGCCUAUUUCUGCCGUGAAGCAGCAAUGCCAGGGACGUCUUAAACUAGGCUCAGGGCCCUUGGGCACACAAGGAUUUGAGGCCCUUUGGGAAAGUAAAAAAAGCGAAUUAUAAUAACAUUUUUUUACUGAGCAUGACCAUUUAUUAUAGGUAAUCAAAUACAGUAUGAUAUAAUAAUAUUAAUGAUAUUAGAAUGCUGCUGGUUUUUUGGUUACGAUUACGAUAAUGGUUUCUUUCGGGAUUUCUGUUGAGCAAAAAAUUCCAUUAUAUCUGUAAAGUAUAUUUUUUUAAGGAUAUCACUUUCUAUGCCCAUAAUUGACAAAUUACUCAGUCGUUCUUGUAACAUUGUUGUUCGCAAUUCAUUUUUUAUUCUCUUAAGCUGCGAAAAUGACCGCUCUCGGCUACAAUUGGUAACCAAAUUGUCGGUUCUUCGGGGCCCCCGGAGAAUGGGGGCCCUGGGCACGGGCCCCAGGUGCCCUUAUGGUAAAGACGGUAUUGAGCAAUGCGUUUCGGUUUGAAGGGUGGUGCAGCCGUUGUAACUAUACUUGAGACCUUAGAAUUUAUAUCUCAAGGUGGGUGGCGCAUUUACGUCGUAAAUGUCUAUGGGCUCCAGUAACCACUUAACACCGGGUGGGCUGUGAGCCCACAAGCGAGAGUGACAACAAAAAAUGUGUGUAAAACUUAGAUAAUAUUCGCCAUAAAUUAAUUUUAGAUAAGAUUUUUAAUGUAAAUACGACUUAAUCAAUAUACUUACAUAAUAAAAUAUUGUUUAUUCGCAAA